AUGCCAAUUACUCCUUCUAUUCCAUCGACUCCAUUCGCUUCAGUAAGUGACAUCAGUGCCUUUUCUAGUGAGGAAGAAAUUUUAUUUUCAGUGCAUGCUGUUUUUCGUAUAUGUGAAAUCGGUCAAAUAGAAGAUCGACUAUGGCGUACAGAGCUCACAUUAACAAGUGAUAACGAUGAAGAACUACAACUACUUACAGAGCACAUAGAACAAGAAAUACAAGCAUCCACUGGAUGCCAUCGACUUGGCGAAUUAUUAUUACGAUUGGGCAAUUUUGAAGAUGCCGAAGAAGCAUUUAAGAAAUUAAGAGAAGAAACAAAUAACGACGAUGUCGAAAAUGUUGCAUAUCUAUAUAAUCAACUUGGAAACAUAAAAAAUAUCAAAGGCCAAUAUCAAGUAGCACUCGAAUAUUAUAAAAAACAGCUCGAAAUCCAAAAAAAAUCACUUUUACCGAAUCAUCAGAAUUUCACUGCUACCUACAAUGAUAUUGGCGAUGUUUAUGCUAAUAUGGGAGAAUACUCGAAAGCUUUAGAAUUUUAUCGACAGUCACUUGAAAAUGCACAAAAAUAUCUUCCAUUGGAUAAUCCUAUAUUAGGUGCUACCUAUGAUAACAUUGGGGAAGUCUAUGAGAACAUGAGAGAUUAUUCAAGUACACUUGAAUUUCACAAAAAAUCAUUAGAAAUACAACAGAAAUGCUUCACACCUAUUCAUCCAGAUUUGAGUGCUACUUAUAAUAAUAUCAGAGAGGUUUAUGCGAGCAUGGGUCAAUAUUCAAAAGCACUAGAAUGGUAUCAGAAGUCACAGGAAAUUCAACAGAAGUCUCUUCCUUCCAAUCAUUCAGCACUUGUCAUUACAUAUCAUAACAUGGCUGCAGUAUAUGAUGGUAUGGGUGAAUAUUCAAAAGCUCUUCAGUUCUAUCAGAAAUCACUUGCAGUUCGACGAAAAUCUCUUCCUUCAGAUCACCCUGAAUUAGCUUCUACCUAUGAUAACAUUGGUGAAGUGUAUGAAAAUACAGGAGAUUACUUAAAGGUACUCGAGUUUCACCAGAAAUCAUUAGAAAUGCAAUUGAAAUGUCUCUCACCAAAUCACCCAGCGUUAGGUGCUACUUAUAAUAAUAUAGGAAAAGUGUAUGCUAAUAUGGGUCAAUAUUCAAAAGCACUAGAAUGUUAUCAAAAGUCACAGGAAAUCCAACAAAACUCCCUUCCUUCAAAUCAUCAAGAACUUGCUACUACUUACCAUAACAUCGCUGCGACUCUUCCUGAAAAUCAUCCUGAAUUGGCUGCUACUUAUAAUAAUCUUGGAGAAGUCUAUGCUAACAUAGGCGAAUACUUGAAAGCGCUUGAAUUUCAUCAAAAAUCCCUUGAAAUUCAACAGAAAUCUCUUCUACCGAAUCAUCCAGAUUUUGGCGCUAUCUAUAAUAAUAUUGGUGAAAUCUAUGUUAAAAUGAGAGAUUAUUCAAAAGCACUCGAAUUCUAUCAAAAGUCACUGGAAAUUCAACAACAAUCUCUUCGUCUACAUCAUCCAGCAGUAGCAACAACCUAUCACAAUAUUAUUGUAGUCUACGAGAACUUGAAACAAUACUCGAAUGCACUCGAAUUUCAUGAAAAAUCGUUUGAAAUUCGACGACAAUGUCUUCCAGCUAGUCAUCCAGAUUUCGCUGCUACUUAUAAUAACAUUGGAGAAGUUUAUUGCAAAAUGGGACAGAAUUCUAUUGCACUCAUAUUUUACAAAUGCACUGUUGAAACUGGACAACAAGCUCUGCCUGACAAUCAUCCAUGUCUUCAAAUUUAUCGAAAUCAUUUGACUGAAAUGCAAAAGACAACAUAA